AUGGCAAUCGCUGAAGAUAUUGGUUUGGGCACGACCUUGGACACAGAAGGUACUCAAAAUUGUUCACACAUUCAGCUACCCAAAAUACAAAUUUUGAUGGUAACCUUUUGCGACAUGUAUAAGUCACUGAUAGUACACAAUAAUACGAAACUAACAAUCAUCAACAAAUAUCACUAUUAGUGGCAGUGGAAGUGGAAGUACUGCCGUGCUGAUGCCAUUGUGAGAUCAAUCUUAUUAUCAAAUGCCAACUAUGAAGUCACGUGGAUGGCUCUUUUUGAGAAGUUCGACAACCCACAUCUCAUCGUGAAUUCACAUCUGAAUAAAUUGUUCAGUUUCUCCCCGUCACGAUCAUUGACGUUGGACGAUUUGAAGAACUUUCUUGACACGUCCCCCGAGAAUAUCGCCGCGUUCGGAAGUUCCGACGGUCUGGAUAAGGAAGGAUUCUUGUUAUUCUACAUAGCAUCCCGUGUCUUGGUCUCCAGUAUUAAAUUUUUAUUCUAA